AUGGGCGAUGUUGUGGUCAGCGGCCAAGAAGUGGAGAAUAACUGUGAAUUCACGAAGAGAGAGCUUGGUUCCUCGCAGGAAAAUGAGAAACCUGAGAGAAUUGGGGAAACAUCUUGUAUGAGAUUGCACCUCAUUGGGCUCG